AAACUCGAUUUGAUUGAAGUUGUUAAGUUAAAUUUAUUUAUAAUUUAAAAUUAUUUAAUUAAAACCCUUGAUCGAACCUGGAUUUGAUUAGCAGUUUGAGAGUGUUAACAGUAAAAACCUCAGUUCCCAAAUUGAACAUGCCAAAUUCUGCUGUAAGAUGCAUGGCAGAUUGCUCCUGAAAAUGAACGCCAGUGAAAUGCUCUCAUCUACAUCAAUCUUCCGUCUCCAAAUUCGUGCCUUUUCUGCCAAAUUUCGAUCCUACAGAAAUUUCGAUAGAAAUCGCACCACAAACAGCAACAGAGGAAUACUCGGCUGCAGUUCCGAUACGACGCCGAUUCGUUCGAUUUCAUCGGCGACAACCGCGAUCAUGGGGUCCGAUGAAGCUAGGGUUCCUCCUGCUAUUCCGCCGCCCACUCCUCCUGUCACCAAGUUCAAAAUCGCUCUGUGCCAGUUAUCGGUGACCGCUGACAAGGAAAGAAACAUUGCUCAUGCUCGUCAAGUAAUUGAGGAGGCUGCAGGAAAGGGUGCUCAACUGAUUCUUCUUCCUGAAAUAUGGAAUAGUCCAUAUUCAAAUGAUAGUUUUCCAGUAUAUGCAGAGGAUAUUGAUGCUGGUGGGGAUGCAUCUCCUUCAACUGCAAUGUUAUCCGAACUUUCUCGUAGUCUACAGAUCACCAUCAUUGGUGGGUCCAUACCCGAGCGAAGUGGUGAGAAGUUGUAUAAUACCUGUUGUGUCUUCGGUACAGAUGGCAAGCUUAUGGCUAAGCACAGAAAGAUUCAUCUCUUCGAUAUUGAUAUACCUGGCCAAAUGACCUUUAAAGAAUCAAAUACUCUCACGGCAGGGGAGACCCCCACCAUCGUGGACACAGAUGUUGGACGUAUUGGUAUAGGUAUAUGUUAUGACAUCCGAUUCCAAGAGCUAGCAGCAAUAUAUGCAGCCAGAGGUGCCCAUCUGCUCUGCUAUCCUGGGGCUUUUAACAUGACUACCGGCCCUCUUCAUUGGGAGUUAUUGCAGCGAGCAAGAGCAGCAGAUUGUCAGCUGUACGUGGCAACUUGUUCACCAGCCAGAGACUGCGGUUCUAGUUAUGUGGCUUGGGGGCAUUCGACUCUUGUUGGGCCGUUUGGUGAAGUUCUUGCAACCACGGAACAUGAUGAGGCUAUUGUUAUAUCAGAGAUUGAUUAUUCGCUUAUCGAGCAAAGAAGAUCAUAUCUUCCAUUUCAGAGGCAACGCCGAGGGGACCUUUACCAGCUUAUCGAUAUUCAGCGGCUGAGUUCCACAAAGACGAGUUGAGGGCUUUUUUUCAUUUUACUCGGAGCAAAACAUCCAACCAACUGAGUUAAGUUUGGCAAUCCACACGAGUUAGGCAGAUAUAUCGAAAAGUAACGAAAAGUAAAUGCUUCUUUCUCGUAGUUCAAUACAGUACAGCCAUUUUGUGAAAAUAAUUUACUCCCAAAGAAUGUUCCCUUUUUUUUCUUUUUUUUCAAUUAAUCGACGUGCUUAAUUGCCUUCGGUUGAGGGAAAUGGCAGAAGACAUGUUUUCGUGCAGUCUCAUGGUAGUGCUGGUUCAUGCUCAAACUACACUACUUCAUAAAAUUUAAUUCCCCUGUCUGCUUGUACUAGAAAUAGAUAUUUCAACUUUGGAGCAUCUGUGAUUUAAAUUCUGAGUCUGACCUUUCAAACUAACACUGUCUUUUUUAGAGGCAGUAGAAUUUUUUU